UGUGUGUUGGUGGGGGAGUGUCUGUGGACCUCUCAGGGGACUGAAACCCAGGAGAGUAACACUUGGCUCCUGGGCGCUGGGAAUCCACAUCUGCCAUUCUGCCACACCCUGUUUAUGGCUUCCGUUCAAGCCUGGGGCUCCGUGAGCCUGGAGGAUGGGGGAGGAGCUUCAUUCAUCCCCACUCCCCAGAGAGCAGACUGGGGGGCUUCCUGAUGGUGUCCACGGCCUUGUGUGGGCUGGCCCUGCUUGGGGAGGGGGUGGCGGGCAUCAGCUGCAGCACAGCGCCCCAGGCCUGAGUUCUCAGCCUCGUCUUCAGACCCCAGAGAGGUGUCUUCCUACCCCCCCAAGGCCCCCGGGCUCAGCCUCUCCCCAUCAUUCUUGCUCUUGGGAAGGAAGACAGCUUUUCUGUAUCCGGGACCCCUAGGGCAGCAGCUGGCCUUCUCUUCGGGGAGGUUCCCUAAAACAAGAACCCGUGUGGCCCCUACAGCCAGGACCUGCGCUAAGCACUUCACAGACUAGCACGUUCAGUCCUCACGAAAGUCUCUGGAGGAAGGUACUAGGGUUACUAGGACCCCAUUUUACAGAUGAGGAGACAGGCCCAGAGAGGCUAAGUUACUCACCCAGCAGUCUGUCUGCCAUUCCGCCCUGCUCCCUCCCUCUCACCUCUGCUGAUCCUGGAGCACAGCUUGUCUUUCUGGGGAAGCAGGCCAGGAGCCCUUAGGUGUCAGGCCUCACGCGGACCCUGGCUUUAGCCCCAGGCGGGUCUGCCGGACCAGCCAGAAAGCAGGGGGGCCGGGCCGGGCCCUGGUGCUCGGAACCGAAUCCUCCACGGUGUUGCCGUGUGGCAUGCCCUGCACACGCUCUGGCUGCCCGCCGUGGGACUGGAGCUGAGUGUCCGGCCACGUUGGGGAUGCCUGAUCGAGGGCGGCUGGACAUGCUGGAUUCGGUCCGCAGCGUUCCAGAAUGUUGGACGGGGAAACGAUGAGGUUGAGAACACGGACAUUCGGAAUUCCAGCUCACUCGCUUCUCACUUCAAGCUUCUGUGACCUUCGGCAGGACAACCUGUUAGUCCUCACGGUGGCCACGAGGGAGACUGAGGGUUUCCGGCGCUUCAAGCGUUCAGGCCAGUUCUUCAACUACAAGAUCCAGGCACUGGGCCUGGGAGAGGACUGGAGUGGGGAGAAGGGAUCGUCGGCUGGUGGAGGGCUGAAGGUCCGGCUGCUGAAGAAAGCUCUGGAGAAGCACGCGGACAAGGAGAACCUGGUCAUUCUCUUCACAGACAGCUACGACGUGGUAUUUGCAUCGGGGCCUCGAGAGCUCCUGAAGAAGUUCCGACAGGCCAGGAGUCAGGUGGUCUUCUCGGCCGAGGAGCUCAUCUACCCGGACCGCAGGCUGGAGACCAAGUAUCCGGCCGUGUCCGACGGCAAGAGGUUCCUGGGCUCUGGAGGCUUCAUCGGUUAUGCCCCCAACCUCAACAAACUUGUGGCCAAGUGGGAAGGCCAGGACAGUGACAGCGACCAGCUCUUUUAUACCAAGAUCUUCUUGGACCCAGAGAAGAGGGAGCGGAUCAACAUCACCCUGGACCACCGCUGCCGUAUCUUCCAGAACUUGGAUGGAGCUCUGGAUGAGGUCGUGCUCAAGUUUGAGAUGGGCCACGUGAGAGCGAGGAACCUUGCCUACGACACCCUCCCGGUCCUGAUUCAUGGCAAUGGGCCUACCAAGGUAGGGAGAGGCCCCAGCCCACGGGGAAAGAGCGAGAGAGGGGCCAGACGCCUGAGUCUGCUCUCACCAUGACCCCACAGCUUCUCC